CUCCAGUUCCCCCCCGCGAUGCCGGACUGCGUGCUCCGGCGACCCCCAACCUGACGUGCUCCGGCGACCCCCAACCACACGUGCAGCUGUGACCCCCAUCUUCAUGUGCUCCGGCGACCCCCAUCCUCACGUGCUCCUCAGUUGUUGGCACCUAAGGGAAAAUGGCUCCAGGUAAGACCAAUCCGUCGCAGUCAGAGCGUGCGCGCCGCCAGUUGCGGGAUGCGAAGGGUAAGUUCACCUUGCCCUCGUCGUCGGUGGUGGCGAGUGAUCUCCGGGGUGCUGUACAGCCCUGUACCCCUGCCUCGGCACUGCCGCGUACUUGCUGGGCCGCCAAACAGGCCGGGACCCCAUCCUCGUCGGUGGCACAUCGACAGCAUCAAUUUGCACCUAUCCAGGUGGAUAGCAGCACCUCGUCGUCCGAUUACUCCACUUGUGAUGAGAAAGACGAUCAUGACUCUGUGACUUGCGCUUGUUGUGUGAAGCUGAAGGAGCGGGACACCAAGUACAGCAGGAAACUUCAGAAAUUGGAACAGAUCAUCUACCAGCUGAAGUGUCAUGUCAAGGAACUGAAAAAGAAGAAGUAGGACAUACAAGUCUGUUGGAUGUACGACAUGGAUAGCUUUUGGAAGUAGGACUGGUCAUGUUAGCAUAACAUGUGGUCAUGAACUAGAUGAACUGCAGUAAAUGAAUGGCUGAGAUGUUAAAUAGAAAACUGCAAAGUAUCUUGGA